AUGUCCCAAAGCCAAAAUUCCAGUUUCCAAUCACCUCUCUACCUAUCAUCAUCAUUAGGUUAUGAUGAAGAAGAUACCCAGACCAUACUCCCAAGCUUUGAUAGGCAUACAUUCCUCCGGCCAGAUACACCUCCUCCUCCUCCUCUACCGUUUAUCCGCGUUGGACCCGACCGAAGAAAAUCCUAUUUCCUCUACAAUAUGGUAGAGCAUACUGAGUGGGUUGACUGGUGGCUACAAACUGACUAUGGGAGGAAAAGUAAGAUCCACUGGGAAGCAGCCCGCCAGGCCCCAAUUUGGAAUAACUUCCAUCAGGUUGCCCAAAUCACAGAUGGUGCACCAAAGGUUAUGUGUAAGCGGUGUAGCAAGGUUCUUGAACAUGCUCACUCUGCCUGUCAAAAUGGCUACCAAGGCACAUCAACCAUGGCUAAACACCUAAAAACUGCAAAAUGCCAAAACUCUAUGAGGCGGAAGGAGAAUAUUACUGGUUUCCUUAUAAGCAAGGAAGAUGAGCCAUCUACUACUCCUGCUCUUGCUCCUUUCUCACAGCUAGGCUGGGAGGAAGAAAUCUUACAAUUUCUUACUAUCAACCGGCUUCCAUUCCACCUUAUUGAGCAUCCAACCUUUCAUAGUCUGAUUCAUAAGGCUCGCUCUUCACCAUUACCUCCAACCAUCCCGUCUGCAAAUACAAUUCGUCGGCGACUACAAGAUCUAGUUGCAGACCGCCAGAGAUCCAUUCUUAACCUCCUACCGCCCAGCUCAAAAGUUUCAAUUGCGCUGGACUGCUGGACUUCUCCGUUUUCGCAAGCAUUUAUGGCCGUUACUGGCUAUUUUAUUGAUGCAGAUUGGACCUAUCGGGAGGUGCUUCUUGGUUUUAAACCACUCUCUGGGUCACACUCUGGUAUAAGUCUUAGUAGUGUUCUUCUCAACAUACUCCAAGAGCAUCAGAUUACAGACAGAGUUCUUGGAGUUACAACUGAUAAUGCAUCAAAUAAUAAGGUACCCUCCAUCUCCAUCUCCAUCUCCAUCUCCAUCUCCAUCUCCAUCUCCAUCUCCAUCUCCAUCUCCAUCUCCAUCUCUAUCUCCAUCUCUAUCUCCAUCUCUAUCCUUAAGGCUACUACUAAUAAUAUACUAUAUAAUUAG